GUUUGUUGUACUUAGGCAUGAUGUGGAUUAUUGACCAAUUUUCUCUCCUCAAGUGUGUCAGUUCUUUGUCCCAGUCGCCAUGAGUAUGCUCCGUUUAGUAUCUGCAGCUCUCCUCUUUGCCCAUUCUCUUUUCAUGACUGCUAACGGGCAGGACAUGUGGUGUGGUAAACCCUACCAGAAGGGUUCGCCACCAGUGACAAUACCCCCAGAAUCAAUGUUCCCAGUGCCUCCGACAUCAUCCCUGCCUUUACUGGACUUUUCUUGCAACCCAGCUGUUCAGCCUUACAUUUCGGGCGAAGAUGAACUCGCGACGUUCCUUCUCGACGCUGAGAUCACAUCCACUGUUGGCCAGCCGUUCAGCGGCAUAGUUGGGGAAACAUCACUUCAGGUGGAGCUCGUGCAUGGACAGUCCAUAUUUGCCACGGCCGUUAUUGAGGCAGGGAGGAGAGGAGUUGAAGUUAAUGUCCCACUGGCCACCUAUUUUGCUCCAAGCUCUCAGGGAUACCAAAUUCAAUGUGUUGCGAAGGUGCAGGGAGCGAGUACAUAUAAUUCAUCGACUGUGCUCAAGUAUCUACCGCCCAACCAAAACGGUUCCGUCAUCAAGUUGGAUUUGAGGACUGGAACACUUCUCACGAAGCCCAAGGGCUCAACUGAGUAUCAGCCUAUAGUUCCAUAUGGCUUCUAUACGUCAUUCUCCGACUAUUUGGCCCUUAAUCUUUCAGUGGUGAAUGAGAUAAAAGCCCAGGGUUUUAAUGUGAUUCAUCCCAUUCCUCCGUUUGGUAGCAAUGAGUUGCGCGACGCCGUCUUCGACAGGAUGGAGGAAGUUGGGAUGUAUCUCAUCUAUGACAUGCGAAAUGAUUACCAGAAUCUGACUGCCGUUCGCGAACAAGUCGAGUCUGUCAAAGGUAGAGCCAACCUUCUCCUUUGGUACACAGCAGACGAGCCGGACGGAUGGGGAUUUCCCCAUAAUAGUACCACCAUAGCAUCUGGUCUCAUCAGGAGCAUUGAUCCUUACCAUCCCAUCUCUCUGGUUCUCAAUUGUUAUGACUAUUAUUUCAAAGAAUAUGUUGGGGAUGCGGAGAUUGUCCUUCAGGACACUUAUCCGAUUGGUAUAAAUGCCACCCAUUCCAUUGUAUGGGAUACCAAUUGCACGUCAACAUACGGAGAUUGUGGUUGCGAUGAUUGUCUUCCUGGUGCCGGCCUACGAGAUAUUGCGAGGCGCCAAGAUGUCUUCCUUGAGCGUGCGCAACUGAUGGGACGCAGACGAUCCUUGACUGUCUGGGAUGUUCCACAAGGUUUUGGUGAAGAGACUUACUGGCCCCGUUAUCCAACAGGCAAAGAGUUUGUUGCCGAGGUGGCUAUCUCCCUCCUGCAUGGGGCAACGGGUGUUACUUCCUGGAAUAUGCCUACGACCGCGGAGAUCACGUCUGCUGCCUCACAACUUGCUCUUGAGGCCUGGCCCCAAAUCACCCAAUUCGUGUCCGACAAGAUAUCCGUAUUCACCCUCACCAAAUCAGACGGAGACACCGUCGAGGCGGGCCUAUGGUAUACAGCGAAUACCUCGCGUUCAUCUGCACUCUUGAUCAUCGUUAAUGUCGGGGAAAUGGAGGAUUCGGUUAGUUUGGCGUUGCCUUACGCCGCGGAUGGUGGUUGGAACAAGAUAUUCCAAAGCGGCUCAACUGCAACCUUGAGCGCUUCGCAGACAAACUCCAAUGCAACAGCAACAGUCGAUGGGUUCGGUGUUGCGGUUUUCGUUCACGAUGAGAAACGCGAUGGUAUGCCACUCCUUGUGGAUUGACACGUCAAUUCGGUAUAGAGUCCCCUGUAGAAUUGGGUUGUGUUUUACGCUUGCGGAAAUCAAACCCAAGUCCACGGGCUCUCAGGGACUGCUGACAGAACUUUUUGAUGAUAAAGAUGUUGGUUGUGAGCCCAGCAAAACUAAAUCUGAGGAUUUAAAGCGCUCAUUGUAGAAAUGGGAUACAUUCCACUCCUUUGAAAGGAAAUGAAAUAAGGCGCAUUGUAGCAUUUAUCGGACUAACAGUGCGUUCAGGAUGAUCCAAACACCCCAAGCUCCGGGGUCUGGAACGCGACUUUCGGUGAGAGCCUGUUGAUUUACAUAAGCGCCUCUCCCGGCCCGAGCCUCCAAUG